CUGAACGAACAGAGGAGCCAGCUGAGGGCCCAGCACCCCAAUCUGCCUUUCCCGGAAAUCACGAAGAUGCUGGCUGCUCAGUGGGCUCAGCUCCCACAAGAGAAAAAGCAAAGGUAUGUCUGUGAGGCGGAUGAGGACAAGCAGCGCUACAUCCGCGAGCUGCAGGCCUACCAGAACUCUGAGGCUUACCGAGCCUUCCUGCGGAGGCGGACCAAGCUCAAGGUGCAGGCGCUGUGCGGAACAGGUGUGCCAGGACAUGAAUUUGAGGGCAAGGGCCUUGACUUCUCGGCAGUUGAUGGCGAUGAGAACAAUGACCUGUACUGUCCGACCUGCAGGCAGUUCUUCAGUUCCCUGCAUAACAAGAGGGAGCACCUUCUGGGGAAGCAGCACCUGCAGAACCUCACAGGGGAAUUUGAAAAAGACUCUGCUGAGUGCUUGAAGCAUCUGGAGCUUUUGGAGGGAGAGGAAGGUCAGAAUUUGAACAAAGGGGACCCAGAGGAGGAAGCCGAGUAUCCUGACCCGCUUCUUCUCGGAGGCCUGAUUCCAGAGAAGGGUUUUGCUUCAUUUGACUUGUGUUUCUUGCAAGAGUUCAUUUUUAAGCUUAUGCAAAUCAGAGAAUCUGAGCUCAGAGAGCUGAGGAAGACUCUAGAAAGAGGGCAAGCGGAGCAGGAGGCCCUGCAGAGGCAGCUGCUGGAGUUCCAGAACCAACAGCAGCGGCUAGAGGUGGAGCUGGCCGGCCUGAAGACCUAUGGGGUCGUCCUGGAGAAGGAGUUUGAGAACCUGAACACGGCCAUCAUGCUGUCCCACUUCGGCCUGCGAGUAAUGGACACGGCAUAAAGCAGUGCCCACCUUUCACCAGUGGGGACCCCAGGAUGCAUCCCGGGCGCACA